GGCAGUGCCCUGCUCACACACAGGACAUGAAAACUGCAAUAAAAGGAAAUGUUUUUUUUUUCUCCAACCGCUGCUGCUGCUUGAGUGUCGCGCGUGAGCCGAAUGAUUUUUGACCGAUUGCUGCAUCUGGCGGGCGCGCGCACGCGUUAGGGAGUCGCGCGCAAUAAAGCAGUAGCCGCACGAGAGAGAGACCCGAAUCUCCAGCGACUGUCCAGCAUAAAACCAACCUGACAGCAGGGAAACCUGUAGACUGAAACAUACAGCAGCUGAGGGACACGACAGGGAAGCAGGUGUGCGAUGUCCAGAUGCGUUUUCCAAGAUAACCGAACCGUCGUCUUCACACUUCCUUCGUCUUCUUCUUUUUUGUUUACAGUCUUUAUGGUGAUAUGCCACUUGUUCAUAGACUGGAGCGGGUGGAGACGAUGGCAGACUCUUUGAACGUGAGCUUCUCCAACUUUUCCAGGCUGGAGAACGUCGGGUCUCCGAGUGGCUCGCCGGCGCUGCGCUUCUUGAUCUCGCUCGUGUACUCGUUCGUGUGCGCCGUGGGGCUGGUGGGCAACGUGCUGGUGUUUUUCCUCAUGAGGUCGCGGCAUGGAAGGAGGUCGUCCACGAUCAACCUGUUCAUCCUGAACCUGGCGGCUACCGACUUCCAGUUCGUGCUGGUCAUGCCCUUCUGGGCCGUGGAAACUGCGCGCGAUUUCAGCUGGCCGUUCGGCCACAUCAUGUGCAAGGUGGUGCUCUCGGUCACGGUGAUGAACAUGUACGCGAGCGUGUUCUUCCUCACGGCCAUGAGCAUCACGCGCUACUGGGCCGUGGCGUCGGCGCUGAAGGACCGCAGUCGGCACUGUGUCUGCUCGGGCCGCUGGGCGAGCGCGCUGCUCUGGCUCCUCGCCACGAUCGCCACAACACCCACCAUCAUCUUCUCCACGCAGAAGGAGGUGUUCGGGGAAAACCUGUGCUUGAUGAGUUUUCCCGGCGGCAACCACUGGCUCGGGCUGUACCACCUGCAGAAAGUUUUGAUCGGCUUCGUGUUCCCCAUGCUGAUCGUGUGUGUGUGCUACGUGCUCCUGCUGCGCUUCCUGAGCCUCCGCAGCAUGAACAACAACCUUCCCAGGCGGAAAUCCAGGGUCACUCGAUCGGUGACAGUCGUCGUGCUGUCGUUUUUCAUCUGCUGGAUGCCAAACCAAGCCGUGACACUCUGGGGCGUCCUGGUAAAGCUGGACGUCGUGCACUUUGACCAAGCGUACUACAUGGUCCAAACGUACCUUUUCCCAGUGACGGCUUGCCUGGCGCACGCCAACAGUUGCUUAAAUCCGGUCUUGUACUGCCUCACGAGAAGGGAGUUCAGGAAAAUACUUAAAGACUUGUUCUGGAGGAUUUCCUCUCCGUCGAUGUCGAACAGCUGCCAGAUUCGCCCGUUCUCGGGUAGCGUUAAAGGAGAGCGCGAGGACAGCCAGGCAGUGAUUCCACUCAAUGUAGUAGAAAGCGAGCAUUACAGACUGUCUGUGUUUAAUGCUCAGUGCGACACCAUCCCUACGGCUCAUGGCUCGCUAUAAAGGUAAAAAAUCAGGUGCAAGGAUCGAAAUUCCAGUCCUACAGUUUGGCUCCUGCGUCCUGUGUGCACGCAAACAUUUAGUGUUAAAGUACUGAGUUAACACUUACAAUAUUUUAAUUAGAUCUACUACUCCAGAGAAGCAGCUCAUACAGCCAAUCAACACACACACACAGAGGCUCUUAAUUAACGCAUACACGCAUAAAGUCUUUCUCCAAGUAACUCGCGCGCAGUGCGCAUUGUGUCCAAACUGGCUUGUAUAAAUGGCUUAUUGCUGCUUUGCAAUACAUCUCAAAGUUUGUUUUUUUUGGCUGUUAUAUGAAAAUACUAAAUAUGUAUAUCCUGUACAGUUUUCCCAGUGGUGUAUACACACACACACACACACACACACACACACACACACACACAUGCCUGUUUUGUUGUACAUCGAAAUCUGUUUUGUUGUACAGUGAAAUCUGUUUUGUUGCACAGUGAAAUGUUAAUAAACCCAUGCUUGAACUCACAGGCAUCGUUUACAUUCAAUUUGUAUUGGAGGAAAGGUUUACUAACUAAAUUUGGCGAACAAUUAUAUUCAGUGUUGUGUAAAUGUCCUAAGCCAAGUAGCAUGAAUUAGUGUCCUUGUGUUUAUGAUUUAAAUAGACCUAAAUUCCUGAAUUUAUCUUCUGUCUGUGAAAUAUGUUCUUCAGUCUUUAAGCUUCUGCCUUGAAAGACUUGUCAUAAAAGUGUGCAUAUGUUCUUAAUAAUCUGACGGUUUUGCCCCAAAGGAAAUGAAUGUACACACUCUGACCAGGCUUCUGAUUGUUAUGUGAGUAAUAAAGUCUUAUCUUAUCGA